AUGGCUCAGACUCUGCUUAACGAUAUGAUGACUAGAGGACCAGUUGGUUUCGAUUUUUCCAACUGUACGCGUAAUCUCGCUUUGGAUUCACUUGGUGUCAAACCACCAAAGCUUCACAGUACUGGUACAACGAUUGUCGCCGUUAUUUAUCAGGAUGGUGUCGUAGUUGGUGCAGAUACUAGGGCCACUGGUGGCAAUAUUAUUAUGGAUAAGGAAAUUUUGAAAGUUCGAAAACUUACCGACACGAUUUAUGCUUGUGGCGCUGGUACAGCUGCCGAUCUUGAUCAGGUAUGUAAAAUGCUAUCUGCACAAUUGCGUUUGUUGGAACUAAAUACUGGCAAAAAAGUUCGCGUAGCUACUGCUUUAAGGCGGGCGAAGCUAUAUCUUUUUAAAUAUAUGGGAUACAUUGGAGCAUAUCUAUUAAUUGGUGGUGUAGACUCUACAGGACCUCAUCUAUAUCAAUGUCAAGCAAGUGGCAAAACGAUGACCAGAGCUUACGCUUCUUCAGGAUCUGGUGGUUAUGCAGCUGGAGCAGUUUUGGAACGCAAUUUCAAAUUUGGAAUGACGCUUGAAGAAGCAUGCGAGUUGGUUCAGCUAGCCUUAAGAGCUGGUAUGCAUGGCGACAAUGCUUCUGGCAAUAUGCUAAAUUAUACCAUAAUUAAUCGAGAUGGGGCUAAGCUUAUGGGCCCGAUAGUUCCAGAAUUCUGCAUGAAACCUGAGCCUAAUGAUCUAGAUUACCGGUUCAAAUCUGGCUCUACGAAAGUUUUGAAGCAUAAGGAAAUCAAAUAUGAUGUUAUUGAGAGCAUGGAUUUAUCAUAA